AUGGCUUCCAAAUUUAUUUUCUUGGUUCUUCUUGGUAUUCUUGUUAGCACCACCACUGCAAGAAGGCUUGUUAGCUCAGAGCCUCUCAAUGAUGAGAAAACAUUCUCCUUUGAUCAUUCCAUAUCAGGAGGUGGAGGGCUUGGUGGUGGAGGUGGUUUAGGGGGUGGUAUUGGUGGAGGUGGCGGCUUUGGCGGGGGUGCAGGUGGUGGACUUGGAGGUAUCAGUGGAGGUAUUGGUGGAGGUGGAGGAGGAGGAAUAGGGAUUGGCCCUAAAGGCAUUGGAGGAGGAUUUGGUGGUGGAAUUGGAGGUAGCAUUGGAGGAUUAGGAGGAGGUAUUGGUGGUGGAAUCGGUGGAGGAGGUGGCUUUGGUGGUGGAUUACCUUGA